AUGUCAACUAUCACUGUUACCGCUGAACAAAAAGAUGUGCUCGUAGGCGUUGGCUGUUUUGUCACAUACACAGACUCAAAAGCUGGCCAAACUCGAAUCCUUGUAGGACAGCGUGCAGGAUCUCAUGGUGCAGGUACCUGGCAAUUACCUGGUGGACACUUGGAGAUGUUUGAGGAUUUCGAGACAUGUGCAAAACGAGAAAUUGAAGAGGAAACCAACCUGACCUUACCUCUGCAAGACAUCAAAAUGUUGACUGCAACCAACAAUAUCAUGCAAGAUAUCAAGAAACAUUAUGUCACAAUCUUCAUGUGGUGUCAUAUACCCGAAGCGGCCAUUGUGGACGUCAAGGUGAUGGAACCUCACAAGUUGCAAGGAGAAUGGCAAUGGUUGACCAUUGAUGAACUCGUACAGAAGAAGCCGUUGUUUUCUCCCUUGCAAAAGUUUGUGGAUGAGCAGGAUUUGACAUUCUUGAAAUAA